AAAUAGUUUGUAAAUUCUACCAUUCGCAAACGAAGCAAGCUUAAAAGGUUUAAUUACACCCGUCACGUAGUUCUUACUGCUGUUUGUGCUUCAGUGAUGUGUUGUUUGCUAGCUCCGAUAGUUUCUAAAGCCAUGGCCAUAACAUGCACAGGUGGCUAACGAAAUCAAACCAGUACAGCGAGUGAGAUUGUACCUUGUACCAACGUAGUUUGACAUUUGCUGCUCGUCGAGUAAUUUGAUAAAUCCGUAAACUGGAAAAUCGAACAACGUAGCGAAUAUUAUAGGUAUACUAAGUUAAUUAGUGUACUUAUAAUGAGCAUGCAUUUUGCUUAUGUGUAAAAUAUAUGAUAUUACUUUUUAUAUUGAACAUCAAAGGCGCAAUUUUCGUUAAAGAUAUCGAAUUAGUUUUCGUAUUUGGUUUGACAAUCGGAUGGAGCUUGUUUAUGCGAUUUCGCAACUUUGUUUGUCGUCGAAAUAAUUGCUUCUGAAACGCCCAUUGAAAAUGAGCGGAAAAAAGGGAUGCUGUUCGAAGCAGGAAAGCUUGUCCGAUUACCAACGUAGACGUAUUGAAGAAAACCGCCAAAAAGCGAUCAAUUUGCGGCAGGCCCGGCUUUUAACGCAUCCGUACAGUUCUGACAAGAAACAGCCCGAAACAGCCGUUUCGGUAAACAACGUGAUAAAAGUGUCUGGAACAAAGUACAUCGACAGUGGUGGUGGUUUUCUGAUUGAGCAACGGACCAAUCCGACCGAGGAAGAAAUUGGUGAACGAUUAGAACCAGUACCGGAAACGGAUGCGAUACCCCUGCCCAUCGAGUACGACGAAUGUUUGGAGUGCAGUGAUCGGAUAGCGGACUCGUACCUACUUAGUACAUUCGACUAUUCGGUGUGCGAUGCAUGCCGAGAACCGGACGGUCAGCAUUCGCUAAUCACACGUACAGAGGCUAAACAGGAGUAUCUGCUAAAGGACUGCGAUUUGGACAGUCGUGAGCCACCCUUGAAGUACAUAAGCCGCAAAAACCCGCAUAAUGUUCGAUGGGGUGAGAUGAAACUGUACUUGCAUCUACAGAUCGAGAAACGCGCGUUAGAAGUUUGGGGCAGCGAGGAGAAACUAAUGCAAGAAAAGCAAGAACGGGAGGAAAAGCGUGAAGUUGCAAAGGUUAAGAAAUACAACAAGCGGCUGAAGGAGCUACGCAUGGAUGUAAGGAGCAGUCUGUACGAUAAAACGGUUCAGGUGCACGUACACUCCUACGGUGAUUCAGAGGUAUACAACGAGGUAGAAGACAACUACACGAGAACAUGUGAAUCCUGUGGACAUUUGGAAACGUACGAGAAAAUGUAAACAGGAUAAUUUCAGUUCAACUGGAGAAAAGAAAGGUUUCAACUGCUUCAAUUUUUACACCUGGAUCACUUUAAACUAACUUAAUUGCUGCUUCGCGUCUGAGCCGCUUCC